AUGCGCUUUGCCCAGCUUUUCAUGCUUGCCGCCACCAUCUCUGGUGCAUUUGCUGGCAAGAACUGCAAAUGCCAGGACCCAAGCGGUAAAGGCCCUCAGUGGAACGACCUGACCAAGCAAUGUUGCAACGGAGAUGUCAAUGCCGGCUGCUUCUUUGCACCCAACUUUCCCGGCCCCAACAACCAGGUUCGUUACUUUGCCUCUUCAGAAAUAGCCAUGUGA